UUUUUUUUUUUUUUUUUUCAGGGGGGAAUAUCAUCCAAUGACUUCUCUCGCCAGGGCAAAGCGAGAGGGAGUGUCAGACUCUUACUGACUAAAAACCACCCCGUUCCUACUCCUGCUUGUCGAGCCGGAGCCCCGGUAAACCCGCUAGGUAGUCCGCAGCUCCGGAUUAAGCAUCAGCCCUACUGGGCCCCAUCUGUGGUGGUCUGAUGGCUCUUUGAGGCGCGCGCGGAACGCAACGCGCCGCACGCACGGGUCUGGUUCUGGUCGGGCGGCGAGCUACCCUUGCUCGCCGUCCGCAGACCCGCACUUACGGUGGCCGGAGAUCGUCACGCGAUCCCCGACGCCCGGAGUGUCUUUCGCGUCGGCUGGGGCGUGAGGAAGGUCGUUCCCUCACGCGUCCCGCCUCCUCCUUAGCUUGCUUGUUGUUUAAUGUAGAAUAUAUGAUAAAUUGUUCUUUUUUUUAGAUCUUUUCUACGCAGAGGCAGCCGAGGUUAAAGCGUCGACGUCCGUAGGGGCUAGUAUUCCCGAAUGCAGCCCGGUAGUUAUUGAAUACGUUGACGAAGCUGCGCCUGUGGAACUUGGCAGAAUGGGUACGCCUGAGGCAGAUACUGUCCCUAACUCUCCGUACAGUUCUCCAAGUCGAUUGUCGACAGAAAAUAAUAUACCAUAUGUAAUAUUGAGGCCUACUAAAAAAAGACCAUACCCGCAAAGCUCUUCCGAAUCGGAGUAAUAGAUAAGUUUAAAUAAAUAAUUGAAACUACUAUUCUGUUUUUUAUUUUCUAGAUAUUGGUUCAGAAGUUGUCGUGACCACAUCAUCCUCGCCUCGUAUCUCUUCAUCCUCGAAAAUUGGUAGGUAAUAAACAACAGAAUACUUAUUAAUGCCGUUUCUACAUUUCAUAAAAAUUUAUAAAGUAUUUUUUAAUUCAGGUCCAAACGACGAAAAAUUCGAGGAUUUUAUAAACGACUGGUUGAAUGUGGCUGACUUAUCAGACAAUGACGACGACAUAGACAUUGACGUUGACGAAUGCCUUAUCCCGACUGUACAAGAGCGUAACGCUGCAGCUGAACCCGCAUGUGACAGUGACUUGACGCUAUUUCAAGCGGAAGUGUUACGGAGGGAGGACGACGCGAAUGACCGAGCUCUUCGUGACAUUACGACUGACGACUGUUACACUUUCGCUUGGAGUAAGGACAGGACGACUUUUUUGGGACGCCGUGAGACAUUCACGGGUACAUCAGGACCGACAUUUGAGGUGACUGACCAGACUCGAGCUAUUGACGUUUUCGACAAGAUUUUUGACACUGACUUUAUUGACCAUCUGUGUGUUGAGACUAAUAGGAACGCGGAGCAAAAGAUUGCAUUGAUGCGUGAGCAAAACAAAAUAGCUCCGCAUUCUCGAUUUCACCGUUGGUCUCCCACUGACAGGGACGAAAUGGUUAGCUUUUUAGCUAUCAUAAUUUUACAAGGUCUCUACCCCUUACCAGAGGAAGAGGCCUACUUCAAGUACAAUGGUUUUGGUACUAUGCCAUACUUUUCUAAAAUUAUGACUUAUAACCGUUUUUUAUUGUUAAAAUCAUUUCUCCAUUUCGUCGACAAUCGGACUUGCCGGGACACGACUAGACUUAAUAAAAUACGACCUAUUGUUGACUAUUUUAAUACAAAAUUUUCCAGCCUAUACAUGCCUUCACAAGAGAUAGUCAUUGACGAAUCUCUUUUAAAGUGGCACGGUAGGUUAAAUUUCGCACAAAAGAUUUCGUCGAAGGCCGCACAAGUCGGAGUUAAAACCUACGAAUUGUGUGAAUCUUCCAGUGGCUAUCUCUGGAAGUUUUUUGUAUACGCUGGAAAAGAUAAAGCAACCUCGACUACUCACAACACUGACGUACAGAACUCACAAACAAAUGACAGACUAGUCGGGGACGAGGCGACUAGAUUUACUGAUGACGAGACAAAUGACAGACUCUUUCUUUCUUUCUUUCUGAUAGUGGAGACCGUCCCACGAACGCUACUGCUAAAAUUGUUUACGACUUGAUCGAGCCACUGCUUCACCGUGGGCAAUAAUAAUGGACAAUUUUUAUAAUAGUCCAUUACUAUUGCGUAGCCUGAAAAAACAAAAGACUUACUGUUUUGGGACACUAAGACUUAACCGAGAAUUCGUACCUGACUCGAUCAAGACUUUGACAAAGACAGAACUUCGAAAAGGUGAAGUAGUGGCCACGUACAGUUCUGAUUUGGCAAUUCUGGUAUGGCGAGAUGCUAACUUAGUUAGUAUGAUCUCUACAUACCAUAAUCUCCAAAUCGGAACACAAGACAAGUACAACAGACUGACGUACAAACCAAGUAUAGUACUCGACUAUAACAGGAGCAUGGGAGGAGUUGAUAGGAAAGACCAAUUCCUGUCAGCUCAACCUUUGGAACGUCUGAGGAACAGAAUUUGGUACAAAAAACUCUUUCGCCGAUUGUAUAAUGCAGCGAUAUUUAACUGUUUUGUGAUAUUUUCCAGUUUUCACCGGAAAAUAUCACAUCGUCAGUUCCGUACUGUAUUGGCGGAAGAUUUACUCAGGAGACAUAGACAAAUUGACUUAACGACUGAAAGCCGAUGUUUGAAUAUGAAAUCAAAGACGACGGGACAAGAGACGACGACAUUAAUAAAACGACGACAUAAGACGCAGGCCAGAACGAUUGUUGAAGCUAACCAUUUCCCAAUUCGGACUGGAUCAAAAAAUACCUGUUGCUGGAUGUGCCCUAAAAAGACCAGGACAAUUUGGAAAUACGAGGAAUGCGACGUGAACCUUUGCAUCGAUGGAUGUUUUAAAGCUUAUCACAAGCCUUAAUAUAU